AUGAAAGUUUGGCAGAUGGAACAGUAUCCAUUAGGCGAUCGUCGCCUUCCUCAUCAUAUUUAUCCACCAAAAUUAUACACACCGAUUCAGUUGCAAACUCUCACCGGUAUUGUUUCAUAUAAGAUUGAUAUUGAUGAUGUUAAUGCGAUGAAAAAACGCAUAUCACGAGUGAAAGCAGAACGAAAGAUGAAUACAUCUGAUAUUUUUACGCUCCAUGAAAAUAUAAAAGAUUUCGAACAAAAGUUGGAACAAUUAUACAAGCCGAUAACGAAAGAUGUUGAUUCUAUAUUUCUCAUUUUGAAUGGAAGCGCAUAUUAUGACAUUGAAAUGAAAGAAGAAGAUUGGAUUCGAAUAAAUGUUGAACGAGGUGAUCUUAUCAUCAUACCACCCGGUUGUAAUUAUCGCUUUACAUUAACACCACAG